GUAAGUGUCAAAUCCUGGAUAUUCACUGACUAAUGAAAAACUUCACAAAAUCUAAGAAAAGACAUAGUUACAUUUGUGCAACUUCGAAUUAAUUGUUGUUAAAGAAAACGAAGGGACUUCAGUGCUACCAUUGACGUCCGAACCGGCCACGAAAAGACACACCACACCAGUCAGAAAAAUGGCAUUGACAAUCAAUAUAUAUCGUGUUUAACAAAAGACGAUCUGAGAAUCAGGCCCAGUCAGAUGCAGAAGUGGAAAAAGCGAGGAAAUGGUGCAAUGAGCUCGAACGUCACGGAUGAUCUGUGCAGGGUCUGCGAUGGCAGGAUAGAGUGUGCUCCGACGGCCAUACUGCUCAUUUCUCUGGUGCAUACCCUGUAUGGGACCAUCGGACCGAAACCGGAUUACUUUGGGAAGAACAGAGCCAACCUAACCCGUCAAGCCAAAGGCCAGGAGAAGUACCCCCACUCCAAGUACCAGGAGCCAUACGACAUUGAAUACGACUUCGUGGUCGUCGGCGGCGGGACGGCAGGCUGCGUGGUGGCCAGCAGACUUUCCGAAAACAAGCAAUGGAAGGUGUUGCUUCUUGAAGCAGGCCCCGAAGAACCCAAGAUGGCGCUGAUUCCCGGCUUGACUAGCGAGUUCCGCGGCUCUAGCUUGGACUGGAAUUACAGCAUGAGGCCUAAGAAAGGAUUCUGCCGUAACCGCGGCGGCAAAGGCUGCGAGGUGGUCCAGGGCCGCGUGCUGGGUGGCACCAGCUCCAUCAACGACAUGGCCUACAUGCGCGGCAGCGCCGCCGACUACGACGAGUGGGCCGUUAUCGGCAACCACGGCUGGGACUUCUCCCACGUCCUCCCCUACUACAGGUACUCCGAGGGCAACUACGACAAAGACAUCUCCAAGAACAAACUCUUCCACUCGACCCAAGGACCUCUAGAUGUCGGCAGAUACCCGUACGCCGAUUACAACGUCGAUGUCCUAUUAAGCGCACUCAAUGAACUAGGGUACAAUUACACAGAUAUCAAUUCAAGAGACCAGUUAGGCUUCAUGAGAAUACAAACCAUGUCUUAUUUCGGGGAAAGAGUCAGCUCGUACACCGCUUUUAUUGAAGCUAUCAGAAAUCAGAGAAGUAACUUAGAUAUAGGCACAGAAGCGCUUGUAACCAAAAUAAAGUUUCUUGAUGGAGACGAAAUUAAAGCUACGGGAGUCGAUUAUGUUACAAAUGGUACAAAAAUAAGAGUUAAAGUCAAUAAAGAAGUUAUUUUAAGCGCCGGUGCUAUCAAUUCACCAAAAUUGUUAAUGGCUUCUGGCAUAGGUCCUAAGGAAUACUUAGAGUUUUUAGGUAUAAAUGUUGUUAAUGAUUUAGCUGUAGGUUCUAAUUUUCAUGAUCACGUAGCGGUAUGUUUACCUGUUAUAAAGUUGGGGAAGACAUCGACGAAUAAAAAGUUUCCAGAAAAAUUAAAGGACAUAUCACAGUAUUACAUGAAAAGCAAUGGUCCUUUGUCGGCAAAUUUUCAAGUGGUGGCAUUUUUAGAGACCAAUGUAUCAGACAUACUUAAUACAGCUGAUAUCGAAAUAAGAUUCAAGGGACACAACUCCAAUAUGUACUAUAGUCACAUAGAUAUGUGCGUUUCUCUUUUAACGCCUAAAAGCCGCGGUCAAGUAAUUCUAAAUUCUAGCGAUCCAUUAUAUGGUAAUCCUCUGAUAUACCCGAACUUUCUAAAAGUUCCAGCAGACGAGAGGAAAUUGCUGUACGGAAUACAAGAGGUUGUGAAGCUUUUUGAUACAGAAGUAUUCAGAACGGCACAGCUGGAGUUUGACCCGCGGCCCAUACUGAACAACGAAUGCCAAGACUAUGAGAAGGUGUCUGAUGAAUUUUGGUUAUGUAUCAUUCGAUAUUUCUCAAGCCCUGCGCAUAACUAUGUAGGCACGUGUAAAAUGGGCACAAGCGCCGAUCCAACAGCAGUAGUAGAUCAAAAAUUAAAAGUAUAUGGAGUAAAGAACUUGAGAGUGGUCGACGCAUCUGUUAUUCCAAAAAUAACUAGAGGUUCUACUGCAGCUCCGGUUAUUAUGAUAGCUGAAAAAGCUAGUGAUUUAAUAAAAACAGAUUGGUAUUGA